CGGGCAGUCUGUCGGCUGCGUGCCCGGCCCGCGUAGACCCGCGUCUUCGAGGCGUCAGCGUGUGGACUACACUCGCAUCCUGGCGGACCUGGCGGACCUGGCGGCGGCGCGGCACGCUCUUGACGCGGGGCCAACAUUUGGACGAGGGAAGCGCCUUGCCUUGGUGCACAAACAGACUUGGCGCGGCGAACUCCCCAACGCCCCGCCAGCCGCCAGCCGCAUGCGUACACAAGCCGCCCGGGGCGGCGCUCUAACUCAGCUAUUUCAUGCGGCGAGUGUUUCGCGUUUCGCGCCAAGUGCAGGAAAUUGUGAAUGGUGACGCUAAGCAACAUGAGUUCAACCCUGGUGGAGACCGUGUCCAUCAACUACGAGGACUUCAAUGAGAGUUUCCUCACCUGCGGUACCUGUCUGUGCAUGUACGAUGGCGGCGAGCACACGCCCAAGCUGCUGCCGUGCUCGCACACGGUGUGCCUGCACUGCCUCACGAGGAUCGCGGCCUCGCAGACCAGGGACACGGGCACGUUCCGCUGCCCCAUCUGCCGGGAGCUCAUCACCAUCCCCCGCGGCGGCGUGCCCGCCCUGCCCCCCUCCUUCCUCGUCAACCAGCUGCUGGACCUCAUGUCGCGCCAGCGCCGCGAGGUGGUGCCCAAGUGCGCCACGCACCUCAACCAGGAGCUGCUGUUCUGCGAGACGUGCGACUCUGUGUUCUGCACGCUGUGUGCAGGGGGCAGCCACAGCAACGGGCCCGGCGAGCACACCAUCAUCCCCUUCUCCAUUGCCAUCAAGCGCAUGUCCGAGAUCCUCCUUUAUAAGGCCAACGAGUGCAUCGCCAAGCUGUCGCAGGCCGAGGAGGCCGUGUCCGCGGAGCUGCAGCGGCUGGACGUGGCGACCGAGACGUGCCUGGAGCAGGUCUCCAGCUCCAUCGCCGAGCUGUCCGCGGCGCUGGACAAGCGGAAGGCGCAGCUGCUGGAGCAAGUGACGCAGGCCAGCCAGGCCAAGCGCAUCGUGCUGGAGGAGCAGCUGGCCCUCGUGGCCGCCGAGAAGCAGAAGGUGGAGAAGGAGUGCGACGGGCUGCAGUACCAGGUGGAGGUGCGGUCCAUCUCGCAGCGCAUCGCCAGCCUGGGCGUCAAGCUCGAGUCGGCCAGCACGCUGCACGAGCCGCGCGAGAACUCGUUCAUCACGUGCGAGUUGAAGCACAACGACAGCCUGAGCCAGGUGGAGACCGCGCUGGCGCGCCUGGGCCGCGUGCGCACCAGCACCACCUUCCCCAGCCUGUCGUCUGCCGUGCUGGAGAUGCCCGUGCCCGCGGUGGCGCGCCUGCCGGCCCUGGCCCGCCUCUGGACCGUGGACUACCACGGCUGCCCGCGCAAGACGGGCGGCGACCCCGUCACGGCGGAGCUGGUCGUGGACCCCGACGCGCCGGCCGCCGCCCCCGCCGCCCCCGCGCCAGCAGGGCCCGGCCAGGGCAGCCCCGCCGCACCGCCUCAGGUGCCUCAGGCGCCGCUGCCCUGCCAGGUGACGGACUGGGACGACGGCUCGUACACCAUCAGGUUCAGGCCGUGGGACGCGGGCAGGUACCUGCUCAAGCUGAGCGUCAUGGACCGGCCCAUCCAGAACUACCCCCUGAAGGUGGAGGUGACGCCGCACAACAACCCGGUGCGCACGUUCGGCGGCAGCCGCGGCCUGGGCAAGGCGGAGUUCCUGCAGCCCGUGGGCGUGGCGGUGGACGCAGAGGGCCGCUCGGCCUUCGUGCUGGACACGGGCAACUCGCGCAUCAAGGUGCUGUGCGCCGCGGACCUCUCCUUCCAGCGGCACAUCGAGACCGCCGAGCUGGCCGGCCGCUCCUGCACGGGCAUCGCCUGCACCAAGGAGCACGGCCUGGUGGUGGUGAACUGGCGCACCAAGCAGGUGAUCGAGAUGACGGAAGAGGGUGAGGUGGUGCGCACGUUCACGCACGCCGGCUUCCAGGAGCCCAUCGCCCUGGCCGUCGAGGCCACCUUCGGGCACAUCCUGGUGGCCGACAACGGCGCGUGCUGCGUGUUCGUCUUCGACAGCGGUGGCAAGCCGCUCUUCCAGGUGGGGCGUAAGGGCAGCGGACCGGGCUGCUUCAGCAUGAUCUCAGGCGUGGCGGCCGCGCCGUCCGGGGAGAUCCUGGUGGCCGAGAACGACCGGGUGCACGUGUUCACGGCCAAGGGGGACUUUCAGGAGACACUCACCACCGACGCCAAAGGCAAGGGCCGCAUCGGCGGGCUGGCGUGCGACGCCGAGGGCCGCAUCGUGGCCACGCGGGUGGACAAGGCGCGCGCCUACGUGCACGUGCUCUCCCUCAAGGGCCAGGUCGUCAACACCGUGGACUCGCACGACGCGCCGCUCAAGCGGCCGUGCGGCCUCGCCGUCACCAGCGACCAGCACGUGGUCGUCGUGGACCUGGGCAACGACACCGUCAGCAAGUACCGCUACUGGUAGCGCAGCCUGGCGCAGUCCCUGGCAUCCUCAGCCAGUCAUCUAGUCGGCCGGAGUGGACGUUGAAGUGUGUGCUUGUGUGAUAGAGCGUGAGCGUGUGUAUGUGUGUGUGUGACUGGACCUGCAAGCAGUGUGAUGUGCUCGGUCGGGGCCUGGUUCGCCUCCUGGAGGAACAAUGCAGCGUUGGGCGUUGUCUGAUUCAUCGUACUGCCAUCGUCUCGCUCAACCUAACCGCCCACGGCAAUGAGUUCCUCCUUGUGUCGGCCUCGAAACGGAGUUGAACCCGUGUCUCCCGCCCAGCGAUGCGCGGGCACGCCUCCAUGCUGUGUUUCAAGUUUCCAUUCUUGUGAUUUCUUUCUCUAGAUUACGUUGUGUAGUUAUGUUAGGAACUCAACUAAUUGAUGAAUGUCGAAAGUGACGGGGGCACUUUGCAUAGAACCAAAGGAAGUGCCAUAGAGUGCAGGGCGACAGGGCAGCAUCGAUGAAUACAGGUUGCAACUGAUGUGUUAGUUUUUAGAUUUCUUAUUAAAUCAAAUCUUGCACAAUAUGUUAUAAAAAAAUCUGCAUGGGUGUGCCCCUGUUUGCCAUAAUCGCACGGGCCUGUUAUUGUUUGAAGAAAUGUUAUUGUUGUGAGACUGUUGAAGCAUUUUGCAAGCUGACAUAAAUAUGUCUUUCCUUAGAGUGAUUGUUGCAGAUUAAUUGUUAUGUAUGUGAAAUAGAUGUGUAUAGAAUGGUGGUUUGGAAACUGUUAUGAGAUAGUGGUGAUAUUUAAUUUAAAGACUCCACUGGUGAAGUCAGAAUAUGGUAUGCUUACUCUGCGCAACCACAUAAAUAAAGAAUUUUAUAAUUUACAACUUCUAGCACCUUAAAAUUGAGUUGAAGAGAAAUGAAUAAGGCCUUGUUGGUUUGACCAAUUCUGUUUAUGGUUUUGUAAUUUUUUUUCCUUGUUGCAUUGCCUGAAGGAAUACUGAGGUUGAAUCAAAAGUGGAGUAAGCAUAUGCGGAAUGUGCCAAGGGCUUCUAUCGUGCCAUUAUGCAUUCAGUAUUUUGAGAGUCCAAACACCAUUUAUACUUUGGCCGUGCUCUUGUAACAGUAUGGAACUCUUAUUGGCUAGAAGGGUAGUGCCACAACCUUUUUGCAAAAUGUCAUAAAUUUGUUCUUAAUUUGCUCACUGAUGUGUUUCCUCAUGACUUGGGUUUUUUUAAGUGUUCAUUUUUUAAGUGAUUGUUUUCAAUCCACCUUCUGCCUUUCUCCUAUUUUGUCAUUUUUUUCUGCAUUGACUGAUGGGUCUUCAAUGGUAAAAUUAAUUAGCCAUUUUGAGGGUGCCUUUUCAUUGUCUCAAAGACCCAUUCCAAUUGACCUAGUCGUUUCUGGCAUUUCCUAUGAAACGAAGCAUUUUUUUAUACUUAUUUAUUGUUUCUUUUUUGUAAUGAUUAGCUUUAGGUAUUAUUUUUAAAUUGUCAACGCCAAUAUUAAUAUGCCAUCUUAAACCAGAAAUGUCUCUAGUUUCUUGGAAAUUUUCUAUCAGUGGCCAUGUACUUAUUGUUAAAAUGUGUUUUCAUCCUCUCAAUUUCAAAGAGUGCAAAAAUUACUAGCUGAUGUUGCAAUUUUUGACUGUGAAGUAAACUAUCGCUUUCCUUAUC